AUGGACCGGCCUGUCAGUGCCAUCGUAGCAGUCUAUGAUAUCAAGCCAUCGAUAGCCAAGAUGGACUCUCACGCACGGCUGUGUAGGUCUCUCUCGUCCACCUAUGCCUGUGCCGGGACUUGGUUCCUGAAGCCGUGUAGCAAGGAAGACGAGACGAUGCUUCGUGUCGACGUACGGCGUAUCUCGACCUUGUCGUUCUCAUCCCCUUCUCGCGUACCAAAAGGCAGCAACAUUUCAACUGUGGCUGGCGCUUCAGAUAUAAGAUACCGAGAGAGCUCUGGAGUUGGAUGUUUUGAUAGAAUAUACUUCUACGUCAACAUCUACACGAUGAAGAUAGCAAUAGUUGGUGCCGGUAUCAGUGGCUGUGCGGCCUAUCUUGCCUUGAAGAAGAGGCUCCCCCCUGGAGAAGAGCAUGAAUACACCCUCUACGAAGCAUACGAAACCUCUGCAUCGUCUUCACAGAACUACGCUGAUGGAGAGAUACACUCUGCGAGUUUCGUUGUUGGCGCUGGGCUCGCCAUCUGCCCAAAUGGCUUAGCCUGCGUCAAACGGCUGGAUGAGGGUAUAUACCGUACCAUCGUCGAGACAGGAUACCCAUACGCAUACCAGCAGAUGAAAUCCAGCCAUGGAUGGAAUCUCAUGAGGACGGAAGCCUCUGGCUCGGAACCCAAGAUCAACUCUGUCUCGCUGAGUCGCCAUGCCUUGUGGCGCUGCUUUCGAGAUCGUGUUCCGGACGAGAUCGUGGUCAACAAGCGCAUAGCCGCCGUUGUUGCGAAGCUGGACGGACGCAACAUCAUCAAGUUUGCCGACGGCAGCCCGGACGCAGAGGCUGAUCUUGUUUUGGGGGCCGAUGGCCUGAAGAGCGUCACCAAGCCUGCGUUAUUUCCCGAGGAUAAAGAGGACCUCUACCCACCGCACUACGAGGGAGUCGUUGGCGUCGGCGGUUUCUUUCCAGCCACCGAACUUCACCACCUAAUGGAGCCGGGAACCAUGAACCUGGUCUUCGGCGGAAACGGCUUCUUCGGCUACUGCUAUACAACCAGCGACAAGGACGAGCCAAACCGCCAUAUACCCCAAGGCGUACUCAAGCCAGGAAACUCCGUCAUGUGGUGGUCUACCUACGAAGCCAAAGAAUGCCCCGAUACCAAAUCCGUAGACAAAGCUAAAGUACUGCAGGAUGUGAAAACAAGACAUGCCUCAUGGAAGAGUCCCGUUGUCCAGAAAAUACUGGCCUCGGCAGAUAUACAGAACAUGUACCCUGUAUGGACCGUACCAUCACUGCCAACGUGGGAGAGACACGGGGUCGUGCUGAUCGGAGAUGCAGCCCAUGCUCUCCCACCUACUUCGGGCCAGGGGUCUCAGCAAGCAGCCGGCUGA